CUGGUCGGUGGAGCAAUAUUUGGCAUAGUUCUGUGGCUACGAUUGGAUUACUGGACCAGGGAAUACCUGGAGUUGAAUUCAAAGCUUGAGAGAUACCUCAUUCUCAUCUACAUCACGCUUGCUGCAGGAGCACUGAUUGCUGCAUUCUCAAUACUUGGACUCAUCGGAGCCUGUUUAAAGAGGAAAUGGUUGCUGAUAGUGUAUCUUUCUGUAGUUGUCAUUGCCAUGGUGCUGACUGUGGCUGCGUUUGUAUAUGGUGCUAUUUACAGAGAUGAGCUGAGGAACACUUUGGUGAGUGACAGUCUCCUGACCGAGAUCAUCAAGAAUAAAUAUAUCGAGGACCGCACUAGUCGAUUUGUGAGAGUUGUCGACAUCAUGCAGUCAGAGCUGGAGUGUUGUGGCGGCACCAAUCCUAUGGAUUAUGCGGAAUCAAACUGGGCUAAAACUAUCCAGUCCAGCAAUGAUCAAAACAGCGGCACCAGUAUGAAGUCGGUGCCGGUGCCAGCAUCCUGUUGCAAAGAUUAUCUGAAAUAUCAGGAUAGGUCAAAGACGUGUGACAUGUACAGCCGAGACCCAAAGGAUGACCAAAAAAAGAGUGAAGACAUUUGGCAGACUGGCUGUGAGAUAAAUUUACAACAGUUUUUUGACAAGUAUGUAGUCAUAGUCAUCAGUAUAGCAGCAGUUUUCUUCGUGUUGCAGAAGUCGCCGUACCCGUCACGAGGCGACCACUGGGACCACUACCACUAA